AACGGCAGCUGGCCCAACUCUACCACAAGCAAGACCCACCUCCUGAGGGAGAACUACACCUUCUCAGCCUACUACCAGCACUCCUCCCCUGUGGCCGCCAUGUUCAUCCUGGCCUACACCUUCAUCUUCCUCAUGUGCAUGAUCGGCAAUAUCCUGGUGUGUGUCAUCGUGGUGAAGAACCGCCAGAUGCGGACGGUCACCAACAUGUUCAUCCUUAACCUGGCCAUCAGUGAUCUUCUGGUGGGCAUCUUUUGCAUGCCCACCACCUUGGUGGACAACCUCAUUACGGGUUGGCCCUUUGACAACACCAUGUGCAAAAUGAGCGGCCUGGUGCAGGGCAUGUCUGUCUCCGCCUCCGUUUUCACGCUGGUGGCCAUCGCUGUAGAGAGGUUUCGCUGCAUUGUCCACCCCUUCCGGCAGAAGCUGACGCUGAGGAAAGCCCUGGUGACCAUCACCAUCAUCUGGGUGCUGGCCCUGCUCAUCAUGUGCCCUGCCGCCAUCACCCUGACCGUCACCAGAGAGGAGUACCACUUCAUGGUGGACACCUACAACAACUCCUACCCCCUCUACUCCUGUUGGGAGGCCUGGCCAGAGACAGGGAUGAGGAGGAUCUACACCACCGUCCUCUUCUCCCACAUCUACGUGGCCCCCCUUGCCCUUAUCGUUGUCAUGUAUGCCCGCAUCGCCUUCAAGCUCUUCAAGUCAGCAGCACCUGCCCGUGGCCAAGAGGAGCCAGAGGGGAGGAGGGUCUCCCGGAGAAAGGCAAAGGUCAUCAACAUGCUCAUCAUCGUCGCCCUCUUCUUCACCCUCUCCUGGCUGCCCCUCUGGACGCUGAUGCUGCUGACGGACUAUGGACAGCUGAGCGAGGGCCAGCUCCGCCUGGUCACCGUCUAUGUCUUCCCCUUCGCCCACUGGUUGGCCUUCUUCAACAGCAGUGCCAACCCCAUAAUCUACGGCUACUUCAACGAGAACUUCCGACGGGGCUUCCAGGAGGCUUUCAGGGCCCCCUUCUGCUCACCCCACUGCCGCCAUCGCCACCGCGGGCCCUACACACCCAGAAGCCAUGGCCAGGGGAUUCUCUUUGUCACCCGCAACCGCAUCUUUGCCCAGGCACGAGCCAGCGACUCACCGCCUGCCUCCGAAUCGGGGCCGUUGGCACCCCGCCGUGCCGGCAUCCCCGCAUGGGAUGGCUGA